AUGCUCAUGAAGCUCAUCGACCUCAUCGCUGCCUUCUUGGCCUCGUGCAUUGAGGCCAACCGCACGUGCAUCAUCAUCACCAACGGCGAAGCGGGCUGGGUCGAGGCGUCGUGCGCGCGCUUCAUGCCAUCACUGCUGCCUCUUCUCUCAAACAUCCAGAUCGUCUCGGCGCGGACCGCGUUCGAGGCCACGUACCCCGUCGACGAGUGGAAGGUCGCGUGCUUUACAUCGGAGCUCGCCAAGAUCAUGGGCCAGAAGAGCCACGCGCAGCAACACAUCAUUUCGAUUGGCGACUCGCACUAUGAGCGCGUCGCGCUGCAGGCCUUCUCGUGCAUGAUGCCCUUGGCCAAAACCAAGUCGGUCAAGUUUGUGCAUGUGCCGAGCAUGGAGGACCUCAUCCGCCAAGUCAAGCUCAUCCAGACGUACCUCGGCCACCUCUGUACGCACCCGGGGCACCUCGACUUGAUCUUGUCCCAUGACCUCCUCCGCGACGUGUCGGUGUAG